GGUGUUUGAGAGGCUGCGGGCUGCGGAUUUGGAUCGCGGAGGAGUUGUUGAUGCUCCUGAAGGGUCUGCAAAGGAGGCUGGGGAAUCCAAUACUUGCAGCUCUGCUUCCACUUCUUCGUCCUCCUCGAUCGGGAGGAAUAGUGAUCAGUCCGGGAGAUCGUCGGACGGUGAAGAUAGCGGCGAGAAUGAUGAGGUUCAGAGCUCCUAUAAAGGGCCGCUGGAUAUGAUGGACUCUCUCGAGGAGGUUUUGCCUGUCAGAAAAAGUAUCUCAAAGUUCUACAGUGGAAAAUCAAAGUCUUUCACGAGUCUAGCCGAUGCCUCCUCUGUUUCCUGCAUCAAAGACAUUGCAAAGCCAGAGAAUGCCUAUUCCAAGAAACGUAGGAAUCUUUUGGCGCACAAUCUUGUGUGGGAGAAGAACCGGAGUUUCUGUUUCCCCCUAAAAAAUAACGGUGGUGGGAUAUCAAAGAGACCCAUCAGCUCAAGCAGAAGCUCCUUGGCUCUAGCUGUCGCCAUGAGCAGCUCCGAAAGUAAUAGCAGCGAGGAUUCCAAUUCCAGCUCAUAUUCAAGCUCUCCACCGCCUCGCCCACCUCUGCCACCACAAUCCAGAGCUUCUAACAGCAACUUGGCUUCCAUGGUGCCACCUCAAAGAUCUUUCUCCACUUGGCGUUCAUAUUCCUUGGCCGAUUUACAAGAGUGUACCACUUCUGCCAAUAAGGCCAACCUAACAAAUCUAAACUGACCCAGAAAAUUUCCUUCUCUUGCCAUAGGUACGCAAGAGGCUUUUAACUACUUUAGGGACUCUUGAGAUAUGUAGGAGGUUUUUCUAGUAUGAUUUUAGGUCUUAUGGUCGUUACUGUGUACUAUCUAUAUAUCAAAAACCAAAACUUUCAUGUCUCGUUGUUUAUAUUGAAAAUGGGGAUAUGAAAUAGAGGAAAGCUGAGGUAGCACUUUAGCAGACUGUUUGAGUGGGCAUUUGUCAACACAUAUCUGUACUCUAGCCUUAGGACAACCGCACCCAACUUCUCACCUACGCAUAAACAGCUACCCUGAACUUCAGUUUGACAAAUGAACCACAAACUUUCAGAUUCCUUUGGCUUUUGGUUCACCAACAUUGGCGAUCUGGUUGCUUGAGAAACUUCGAAGAGGCCAACUACAAAGAAUAGUGUGACCUUCCUCAGUCCAUGUAAUUGACUUCAAAACUUUGGUUCAUAUGUUAAACUGCCCCUAUAGUCUUAACGUUGGUUUCCUAAACACUCUUUUUAAGGGGCUCCCAGUAACAUUUAAGGACAUCUGCAGACACAUGUAGUUCACAGGAUCUGGGUCCCCCAUAUUGAUAUUUUCCCGUGAGCUUCAUUUAUGGUUGGAUUUAACUACGGCUUCUUUCUUCUAGACCUUGAGAAUGUAAUCAUGCACAAUGUUGCAAUUUUCUGGUUGCUCAAGCAUUUUGUAAGCAUUCCCAAUGAUGAGUUUCUUUUAUUGGAUUGCCGCCUGGUGUAAGAUGAAUUUUUCUCUUGUUGGAUAGAUUAUGGUGUUUUUCAUUUUAA